CCAAAAGUCAAGAGAGCGUAACAGCGAAAAACAAAACAAAACAAUAACGAAUUAGCCAAGUUGUCAAAUUCAAGAUACGCGCCCUGUUUGUUUCAUCAUCAAUUUUCCAAAAAAAAUUCAAAUUUUAUUCGUGAAAAUUUAACCCGAUCUAACCGAAAAAAAAUGUCCCGAAUGAUACAUAAUGCGGACAUUUCUUAUUCCAGCAUUAGUAAUCCUGCUGGUGUUGGUGGUGGAAAUAAUUUCAAACAACAUCGACAUUCAGACAAUUGUUGUCGAACUUGUUUUCUAAAUUUUCCAUAUGCAACAAUAACAUCAACAUUUUUAGUCAUAUCAGGUUUAAUCAUUAGUUUUAUAUCGAUAUUUCAUUUGCUGGGUAUUAUUGAUCGUUUAACACAAGAUUUAUUUUAUAAACAUUUUCAAUUAUCAAAUGAAAUCAAAGUUGUAAUGUUUUUCAUACUUGGUUUUGUUGCCAUCGUAAUUCUGAUUAAUCUUAUUAUUGGAUUUGCAACAUCAUUCUUGAAAUUUGAUGGUAAACCAUCAACAAAUCGUCGAUCAUCAUCAUGUUUUUGUUCAAGAAAUUCAACAACAAAUUGUCUGAUGCGUUUUGUUUUUUCCGUUAAUCAAUUGAUAUUCCUGAUUUUCUUUUUACUUUUCCUAAUAUUCACUUUGUUUACAUUCAUCCUGUACAUAAUGAAAACAUUAUGUAAUUCCGAACAAUUGUUGAACGAAGCUGAAAAAUCAUUCGAUAAUUCAAUGAUCACCAACAACAACAACAACAAUCAACAAGAACAUUCAAUAAAUCUACAACCAUUUUCACAAUAUUUCCCGUUACAACAAAAUGAAACCAAUCUUCUCAUUUUCAAAGAUAAUCGUUUGAAAAUUUUAUGUAAAGAUUACAUAUCAACAUUACUUUUAUAUACAUUAAUUUCAUUUUUAGGAAUAUUCCUUCUGUUUAUUGGAUUUUAUUGUUAUUCAAUCAAUCUAACUGUUAAUCGUAUUCGUAUUGCAACAUAUAAAAAAUAUACUGAAUUAUUAUAUCUAAGUAAUUUUGGUUGUGGUGGUGGUGGUACCGAAAUGAAUGCCUUCUCUGAUACAUCAUUCGAUGUUACUGGUGAAAGAUUUUAAUCAAUCAAUCAAUGACUUUUUCCAUUUGCAAAAUAUAUUUCAUAAUCUUAUCACUUCGAACAAACAUUUACUCACUUCCAUAUCUCUAUCUAAAUAAACUUUUCUCUUUGAUUCAUUUAAAA